AUGACAGACGUGGCCGUAAUCUUACAGAGCCUGGAGUCGGGCACGCUCCCGAUGCAGUCAGGACUCUCGGCGCUUUUGAUGAAGUCUCGCGACAAUCCGGUAGAAGUUCUUUCCUCUGUUCCCUUUCUCGUCCAGCGAUUAUCGAACGAAAAUGACUUGAACAAGAUCUCCAUUAUUCUAAACAUCUUUUGUGAGCUGCUUGGCGCCUCGGAAAGCGAGAGAGUUGGUGAUUCCACUGCCGAGAGCAUCAUCAAGUCGGAUGUGUUGACGACGCUGUUCAGUUUAUUGCCCGAGACGGAGUUUUCUGUUAGAUUCCCUCUUUUGCGAACGCUUCUUUAUACUUGUCAACGAGUACCGAAAGAUGUCCAACUGGCAGCCGUGUCAUCUGGAAUUGCGAUUGGACAAUUAACUGGUAUUCUUCAGGAUUCUCGAGAGAUUCUCAGGAAUGAAGCUGUGCUACUUUUCUCAGAACUAUGCGAGGAUAAUCAAGACUUGCCAGUUCUUUUCGCCUUUGAGUCUGGAUUCGAGCUGCUUAUCCACAUUUUUGAAUCUGAAUCUUGGGCUGAUGGCGGCGUCGUUGUUCAAGACUGCCUCCAACUCAUGUGGCUGGUGUUGAACGAAAAUACGAACACGCAGUCAUUUUUCAAAGAAAUGGGGUUCAUGCACAAGCUCCUUCCGCUCUUCGCCGCUCCCGAGCGUUGGGGAAAAAGAAGAAGUGCAAUCGCUUCGUCCUCGGUUCAGCUAUUUUCCGUCUUUGUUUCUCCUUCUCUUCCGGCUAAUCAUGUGAUAGCGAUGGUGCAAACGAUGGAUCAAAUCGGUCUUUUGCCUCAUGUUCUCAACCUUGUUCGCUCUCCUGGAUGCCCAGACGAAGUCGUCGAGUCCUGCUUGAUUCAUCUUUCCCGAGUUUGUUCGCAGUCUUCAACGCAAUCAAUUAUCGAUUCUGGAGUCUGUCUCGCUGCUCUAACACUAACCCUAAACUCUGAGCGACGCUUUCCCUUGCGCCAGGCCGGCUGGGAACUCACAAGAGCAUGUAUUCAACGAUCAGCAGUAACUCAACAAGAACUUGUCUUUGGGAUUUCUCAAGCGACGGCUGGAGAUACGACACAACCAAAAACAUUCGGCUCUCUCAUGGGAAGACAUAUUUUAGUAGCUCUCAUGGGCGGCGACGCAAGCUGCUGCUGGUUCAGUGCCACUAUUCUCGCCCGUUGCUUGACCGAUCCUUCAGUCAAAGAAUGGCUUCUCACAGUGAAGCUUCCUUACCAAGACUCAGACGGUUCUGUCAAACGAUCCGUGACUUUAUUUACGAUUUUGACAUCGAGAAUACUGCAGAGACCCGUUCGCCUUGCAAUCUUGCUCUUACUCGCUUCCUGGUCACAUGGUUCCCCUGGUGCUAUCGCCGCUUUAUUGUCCAACUCUCCUGAAACGCCCGAAGCUAACUCCCUCCACGUCCUGCUCAAUAUCCUUUCGCAAAAUCCGAAUUCGGACGAUCUUCUCGACAUUUCCGAGCGAUGCGUCUCCAGCUACAUCCUUCUCCUUGCCGUAUUACAGCUCCCAGCUGUGCGCGGACAACUCAUUCCCGUUCUACAGCAACUGGGUGGUCGAUUUGUUGAUCCACUUAGAAUCGCUAAUAAAAAAUCGUCAAUGUAUAAAAGUGGCGAUCUUUUGCUCGAGGAAGAUUUUAGGAAGCUCGUCCGUGAUGCGUUACCAGCGGCGGAAGAAAUCAUGAAAGUCCAGUUGAAGCCAAAAACUCCCUCUCCUACCCAAACACCCGCUCCUAAAGCAAGUACUCCGGAGCCGAAAAAGGAAGAAGAGCUGGAAGAAAACCGUGAUUCCGAAAUGAAAAGUGAGCACUCGAGCCCAAGCCCCUCUCCUAUUCCAACGAUGGACUCUUCCAUGACAAAAGAGGCCGACACUUCAUCUAUCAUCGAAAAAGAAGAACUAGAGCAGCAAAUCCUUGACAUGUCAAAUGAACUGAUUUGCCUCAGAGAACGAAUCAAUGAUCUGGAAUCUGAACUCGAUACGAAAUCAGUUGAUGUCGAAAAAUACUCCAACGAAGUUAAAUCGCUUCAAGAAAAUUUGGAAGGAAAAUCAGCUGAGAGCAACAAAACUGCGGAAAAAAUCAAAGAACUUGAAGCUAACUUGGAAGAAAAAUCCAAAGACAACAUCAGCUACAGCCGUAAAAUUGAUGAACUUGAGGAGCAAUUGAUUUUGCUAGAAUCAGAAUCAAACUCAACGGCUGCUACUGCAAAUGGUGAUGCUAAACCUGGUGAUCAGAGUCAAUCGAAAAGAAUCAAGGAGCUCGAAGCCGAGUUGAAAUCAGUGACACUGAAGGCAAAUCAUUCAAAAAUUGCGAUGACCAAUUUGGAAAAAAGUAUUUCAAGUUAUCACGACAAAAUUAAUAUGCUCGAAGCGCGAAAUGUCGAGAUCCAAACGCAUCUGACUGGGGUUGAAGAGCACAACAAAAAGCUAAAGAGCGAGUUGAUCGAGAAAACGACGCAGUGCGAAAAGUCAGAAGAAGAAGUUCGUGUGCUGAUGUCGUCUACGUCAUCGGAUAAUAUUGAAAACGCAACAAAGAUUCAGGAGUUGGAGGCUGAGCGAGACUUGUUGCUCUCUGAGAAUACUCAAAAGUUUGAUCAAAAUCGCGUCUUGCAGGAUCGAAUUCUGAAGCUAGAAACACUUCUGAAGCAGCAAAACGAGUUUAUUGACAAGCACGAGCAAGAGGCCCAAAACAAUAGAGAUAUCCAAGAGAAGAUUGUUCUCCUGGAAGAUGCGCUUCAAGACAUGGAAGCGAGACACAAGAGAGAGAUGAACUACAAAGAUGAUGCAUUGAGCGAGCUUGAGCGACAGUUGGACCGAAAAGAAAGUCAGGCAAAAGAAACGAAAGAAACCAUCAGCGAUCUAAAAGAAAUGCUCUCAGAGACGAAGGAAACAAUCCACGAACACGUAGCUGUGAUCGGAAGUCAACGAGCAGAGAUAGACUCGCUGCGUAAUUUGCUCGAUCAAAACGGAAUCGAGAGUUUGGAGGAAAGGGCGGUCAAAAGCACUGAAAGCGCUUUUUCAACUAGACCUGGCUUUUCAAGGAUUCCGAAACUAGUUAGAUCCAGGGAGAAAUCGUCGAGUAUUUCAUCCGACUCAUUGGAGCUGCCUGCUAGGAAGAACUCAAGUGGAAGUACCGAGCGUGUCCGUCAAUCAUCAGCCGAGUCCUCGACCCCUACUGUAGUUGAAAACGGAGAUCAAGGAGAGCCAAAAGAUCUAGACAUGAUGCAUCUCCAGAAACCAGUCCACGCUGACGUCUUGCUGCGAAUCGACUCGACAAAUAGCGAGAGCUCAAGAACCUCAAAUUCGAAAGCUGAAAAACCUGAGAGCAAACCUUCAGCAACCUCGCCUUCAAUCGAGAUAACAGCAAAUUCCGAGAUCAUCAAUCAGUCUUCCCAGAAUCCCCCUAAAUCAGAAGAGUCAGAUGAAUUCUUCGACUCGCCCAGAUCAUCACACUAUGAGCAUUUACGAAGGAUGAUGCCCUCGGCAGUGUCAUCUGGAGCCGAUAUUUCAGCCAACGAAGGGUUCGACUAUGACGCCGAUGUAACUGAAACCAAACGACGUAAAUCAAAGAUUCAGCUUGACAGAAUUCGACAACACGGAGAGAAGCAGAAAAUCAGGGAAAAGUCCAACGAAGCAGACAACAAGAGCCAAGAGCAGGAUAAGAACUCCUCCGAAAAAUCAUCUUCUAGUAAAUCUUCGAAGAAACCAAACGCGCCUAGCUCAAGAUCAAAAGCAGCGCAAAAGAAGCCGAAUAAAAAGAUCGCCAAUAAGCCCCCUCGAUCGAAGAGGAAGUGA